GGUGUCAUAGUAUCCUUCUCUUUCAAGAAGCAGUUAUAGGCCCAACUUCUUUAAUUUCUUGUGUCGACGGAAAGAGCCCUCGGAACGCUCCACUGACCGGUGAACUGCGGAUCUCCGGUGGAUUUUAGGUUUGCUGAGGUAGCGAUUCAGAGAAAGCCUGCUGAUUGAUAGAAGUCAUCCAAUGGAAGCUAAAUUCUUCCGCUUUCUCAAGAUUGUUGGAGUUGGUUUCAAGGCUAGGGCAGAAUCAGAAGGUCGUCUCUUGUACCUUAAGCUGGGUUACAGCCAUGAGGUUGAACUGACUGUGCCCCCUGCAGUUCGUGUCUUCUGUUUCAAACCCAAUGUGGUUUGCUGCACUGGGAUUGACAAGUAUAGGGUACAUCAAUUUGCUGCUUCUGUAAGGAGCUGUAAGCCACCUGAGGUUUACAAGGGCAAAGGUAUUAUGUACAUUGAUGAAGUGAUAAAAAAGAAGCAGGGAAAGAAAUCAAAAUGAGAACCAUUAUUCAUGGUUCUUUCUUGGGCUUGGUUCUUUUUAUGAUGCUAGACAAUUUUCCUUUAAUUAUCUUUCCUAUUUGUAAUUUUGUUCUCUUAACUGAUUGAGUAGUUUAAAAAGUUUAGAGUUGCUUCCUAAUGUAAUUUUGUUUUCCGACUG